CUAGCGUCGUAGAAAGUAUAUUUUGUUACUAUUUGACUCUAGGAAAGCGGCAGAGUUUCCACUUAGUAGUGAGUGCCGCGAACAUAUAAAGGUGGCUGAUGUGAUAGAAUAUUUUUAUGUGUAUGCGGCCAACAAUUACCGAUUUGAAUACGGUUAUAGGAACAUAUCGCUUGCUAUCAUUUAGAAAUAAACGUGACAACAACACGAAGGGGAAAACAGCCAGUGACUCGAAAAAACAUCAGAUAUCUAAAUCCUUCACGAGAAACGAACAAAUCACAUGGAUGAUCCAAGCGGCGAAGCCGAAUCUGUUGCGAAGGAAACUGUUAAACCACUAUCGGAAACGCAUACCGAUGAUGAAGCAUCCUCUUCUAAAGAAAAUGCGGAGAUUCUGGCGUUGGCACAAGAGCGGCAAUUGCAAAAGGAUGGACAAGAAACAAACGAUGAUAGCCAAGUAGAGACGUUUAAAUUGACUGAAUUUGGAUGUGAUCCUGGUUUGCCGGAAGCACCUGAAAGUAAUGCAUCGGCUGAAAAAACUCAGAAAUGUAAAAACGAGGAAAAUGAAGAAACAUCUUCUGAAAUGUCUUUGGAAGAGAGUGAAGAUAACAGCGAAAUCGAAGGCGAAGCGUCCGCUGAACCAGUGGUUCUGACAGGAACUCAAGAGGGAGAAUCACAAAGCACUGGACCUGAUGAUACUGAUGAUCAGUUAACUGAAUUUAGUGGUGAUUCUAGCCUGUAUGGAAUAUCUGGAAGUACUGCAAUGGCCAAAAAUGGGGGGAAAUGUGGAAACAAGAAAGAACCCCAUUCUGAAAUGUCUUUUGAAGAGAGCGAAGACUACUUCUCGCUGAACACUGGAUUAGCCGAUGAUAGCUCUGUUCCUUUCUUGUAUGGAAGAUCUAGAAGAAGGAAUCCAUUCGUGGACCAGUCCUGGGGAAGAAGGGCUGGACCUUUCUUGCAUGAAACACCUAGGACUCCAUUUGUGGACGAGUUCUCAAGAAAAAGGGCUGAACAAGCAGUGGAAGCUCAACGAUUGGCCGAAAAGGCCCAAGAAAAGGGUCAGUAUGAGGAGGCGUUAUCGUUGUGCGAGACUGCGCUCCAAACGUUAUGUUUGCAUGAAGAUAUUAACCUACACGUGAUGAUUUGUGGAAAUAUCAUGCAGCUACAUUACGUAAUGGGAAACACCGACGAGGCACUGAACACAUAUUUUGAUCGCUGUCAGGCAAUACUCCAGAACAGUAUCGAUAGAGUCGAUAGUAAAGUUAUACAGACAAUCAUGGAUUUAUAUUCCUUAUGUUUUAAAAAUGCCUGAAAUCAAGGAAGACGAACGAUGACAUAUGCCAUUAAAUUGCUGUUAAAAGGGAUUAUGGGGUUUGUCUAAACGGUACACGUUUUCUCGUCGGGAUCACCAAUUAUAGCACCUUACUGUAUAUUUUGUAAGUAGGACAUAUCGAUAGAAUUUUAUAGAAGACUUAGUUAAAGUGAUUUCUUACACACGAACUAUUCAAUCACGCAAGAAAAGCACGUACUUUUUGGGCACUAAAAAUAUCCACAUCAACCAGGAGGAAUUUCGUUUUAAACUAAUUGCCAUAUUUGUUUACAUUUUUCAAGCUAAGCCAAUCAGAAUGCCUAAGUUUUUAAUACUUCAUGUAAAUUGGUAAAUGUACCUUUUUACUGGAAAAAAUCGUAAAAUUCAUGUAUUCUGGUUGGGUUACUGUAAAUGUAAACGAACUUGCCGAUUGGUCUAAAACGAAAUUCACCCCUUGUUAUCCACAUCUGAUUUUAUUAUGUACAUAAGAAUUUUGCCACGCAUAGGCAAAAUAAUCAAAUGUGAUCAAUGAUUUUUUAUCAAGUGAUUAAUAGCUCAGUCAAUCGCCUCAAAAAGAUUUAUUGCGAAUUUAAAUCGGUUAAAGAAACAUACUUUAAAGCGUUUGUUAUGUCACAUCCGUUAAUUGAGAAAUGCUUACUUUUGACGAGUUUUGGUCUCCGCAUUCUGUUCCAUUUUUCUGAACAAAGGCAUAAUUCUCUGCAUGCAAACGAGAAGGUGCAGGAAAAAUUGAUAUAUUUAACAAAAAAAUUAACUUCGCGGGCAAGAAAUUUCGUCAAAAGAUUGCCGAUCCUCACGUAUAAAUGAUGUGACAUGCUGUAAUGACCUAUAAAUGAUGUGACAUACUGUAAUGACCAUUUCAAUAUUGCGGUCGUAUCGCGAUACAGUGAACUCUAUAUUUACACUGGAACGAUAACUUACACUUAUUUGGCAGCAAUUUUUGAAGCCGAAUUAAUUAGCAGUGCCAGUUUUUUUAGUUUUUGCCCGCGCGAGAGGCAACCGCGAAAAAAAACAAUACAAAUGCACUGGCACUAGGACUGUAAGUCGCGCGGAGUGUUCCCCCCGGUAAAAAGGCUUUUUAAAUAGUGCUAACUAAAAAAAACAAAAAACAAUAGAGAUAAUUUUCAGUAUAGGACAUACUGUGUGAUUUGCGGGGCAUUUGCACACAAUUUGUAGGAAUGAAACAUAAUUAAAAAAAUUCAAACCUUUGAGAUUGGUGAUCGUUGUUGUCGUGGGCUGGGCCGCCGGAUAAUGCUGUAUGUUCAUCACUUGCCUCCAAGUCUUUCAUUUUAUAGCCUGGUAACUGCUGCAGUUCAUUACGAUAUGCCGGGUG